CCUUAUUUUGUUUGAGUUUUGAUCGUCAAUUGUCAAGUCAUCAUAAACUAAAAGUCGAUAUUUUCUAUUUUUGUUUUGUGUAUAUUAUUUUUAAAAAUAAACACCUGAGUCACACACAUUCUCAAGGUAUUAAAAAUUUGAAAAAAAUGUUACCAUCAGAAGAAGAGAAGUUGAGGAAAUGGCUUCGCUCAACUCCGUACUUGAACCAAGAAAGGACAUUCCAAGAUAUUACUCGAACUGUCAGCAUCUACAGGGGUCUGGCGAUUAAGGUUGAAUCUUAUGUGAUGGCCAAUGGAAGAUCCAAACAACUUGUCUGCUUGAAUGGGACCAUCCCUGUCACUAUCGUAGGCAAUACAUACAACAUCCCUGUAUGUAUCUGGUUGAUGGAUACACAUCCGAACCACGCGCCUGUAUGUUUUGUCAAGCCAACACCAGACAUGCAGAUCAAGGUGUCCAUGUUUGUGGACCACAACGGCAAGAUUUACCUGCCUUACCUCCACGAUUGGACUCCGAACCAGUCGGAUCUGCUUGGGUUGAUACAAGUGAUGAUCUGUACGUUUGGCGAGCAGCCACCGGUCUACGCAAAACCUAAAACCGACACUCCCGCAGCCACCCCAUACCCUACACAACCGUACAUGCCUAUGCCAGGAGCGAGUGGCGGCAACCCUCCUUACCCUCCGUAUCCGCUGACUCAGGGAUACCAACCUGCGCAGAACACUCCAUACCCACCGUAUCCAGUGUACCCACCAACCAGCAUGUACCCACCUGCGCCUGGAAGCUACCCUCGCCCAGCUUACCCCCCACAACCUACCCCGACUCCUCCCACUAGCGCUGGAGGCACUGGAACAAUCAACGAGGAACACAUCCGCAUCUCUCUACUGUCUGCAGUAGAGGAUAAGCUGCGGCGCAGACUGGACGAGCAGUACGCACAGUCUCGUGCAGAGCUGGACAUUCUACAGCAGAGCAGUGCGGAGCUUGCACAAGGCAAACAGCGUCUGGACAAGAUCAUCGAGCGGCUCGACAAUGAAAAGAAUGAGCUGGAGCGCAACAUCUCGUUGUUGAAGGAGAAGGAGGUGGAACUGGAUAAAGCCUUGAGUCGACUGAGUGAUGAGGAGCCAAUAGAUGUGGAUGAGGCUGUCACAACCACGGCUCCCCUGUACAAGCAGAUUCUGAAUGCAUUCGCUGAGGAAGCAGCCACAGAAGACGCAAUCUACUAUAUGGGAGAGGCAUUGAGACGUGGGGUCAUUGACCUAGACGUGUUCCUGAAGCAGGUGCGCACGUUGUCUCGCAAGCAGUUCAUGCUCCGAGCACUCAUGCACAAGUGUCGUCAGCGGGCCGGACUAGUCGGCUAAACUCCCUUCAUCAACCGUAACUUAAUAUUGUAUCAAGCUUAUGCUCAAUUCCUGUCUAAAUAGCUAGUACUGUACCGAUCAAUACCCGUUAACAGAUCUAUGUAAAAUAUAUUAUUUUUAUUGAUUUUA